UGCCGGUAGAGUGAACGUGAGGAAGAAGAAGAGAAGAGAAAGCAGAAGUGGCUUUAACGUCGAAACAAUCUCAGAUUUACGUUUUUAUGACAACAAGUUAAAGCUGAGAAAAAUAAUCAAAUCGUCGUGUCCAAGAUCUGUGAAAGCCAAUCCACUCCCGGUGACCGACAAUGGCUGUGAACGUGUACUCCACCUCAGUGACCAGUGACAACUUAAGUCGUCAUGACAUGUUGGUCUGGAUCAACGACUCUCUACAGAUGAACCUCACCAAGAUAGAAAUGUUGUGUUCAGGUGGUGCCUACUGCCAGUUCAUGGACAUGCUGUUUCCCAACUCUGUGCCUCUGAAGAAAGUUAAAUUUGGUGCCAAGCUGGAGCAUGAAUACAUCCACAACUUCAAGCUUCUGCAGGUUUCCUUCAAAAAGAUGGGCGUCGACAAAAUCAUUCCAGUAGACAAACUGGUGAAGGGGAAGUUCCAGGACAACUUUGAGUUCGUGCAGUGGUUUAAGAAGUUCUUUGAUGCCAACUACGAUGGGAAGGAGUACGACCCGGUGGAGGCGAGGCAGGGCCAGGACGCCAUGCCCAUCCCCAACGCCACCCCGUCAGCGCUCAACAAAGCCCCGAAAAAGGCCCUCAGUCAAGCAACUCAGAGGCCACCUGUUGCCAAAGUAGCACCCAAGUUGGCCAACGUCAGCGCGAGAAAGCCCGGGAUGGGAGGAGGGGACGAGGAGAGGGCGGAGCUCAUGAAUGAGGUGGAGAUGCUGAAAUCUACCAUUCAGGACAUGGAGAAGGAGAGAGACUUUUAUUUUGGUAAGCUGCGGAACAUUGAGCUGAUCUGCCAGGAAAAAGAAGGCGAGGGCGACACCACGCUGCAGAGGAUCAUUGAUAUCCUCUACGCCACAGACGAGGGCUUUGUGAUACCGGAUGCGGAGGAUCAGGAGGAGUUUUAAUAUUCAAGACUGCAAGCAACUUUUCACUUAGCUGCCGUGGUCUCCAAACCUCGAGAUCCUUCCUCAAGCCAAGAAGUUUGGUUUUAUAUCCAACACCGAACCUGGUCUCGACUUGUCCCCCCUUUACCCCAUCACCCUGACCUCUCCUGACCCCAGACCUGCCGGACUUCCCCCUCUAGCCUUCAGCCACUGUUCAGCUCAGCUCCUUCUCCUCAAACAUCUGCUCCCAAUAAUUAACGACGCCUUGGUCACUUCCUCCUCCACAGCCCCCCCCCCACCUCACCUGUAACCCCCUACCCUUCCCUAAACCAGAUCAUGCAGUACAUAUCUGGUUUUUUAAUGGACUUGAGUGUGAAAAACACGGUGAUGUUCUCUGUGUGCGAGUGUACGUGUGUGUGUGUGUGUGUGUGUGUGUGUGUGUGUGGUUGUAUGUGUUUAAAAAUCAAUUUGAAACAAAUCAAACGUGACGAACCUCCUGAAGACCCGGCUGUCAGUCCAACAAUCACUUUGUCCCAAACUAACCCAGACGGUUCAUCAGCCGCUCUGUGCCUCUCCUGUCCAAGCUGUUUCUAUCUGGAGGACGUUGCAUGCACUCAAGUGAGGAAAACCUAAACGAAUGCACACAUACCCAACUAGAACACUUAGUUUUGCGCCUUUUUGAAACCAAAUCGGAGGUGUGUUUUGUAUUUUUGCAGCAAUUUUAGUCGUGCUAACAAUGAGUUGUGUGUAGAAAUUAAACUUUGAGAAACAUUUGCCAGUUUCAUGUAGCCGAUCGAGCAAAAAGCAACACGUUGCCACUGAAGGGCUCGGGGUUUUGGUCUGGGACAACAGUCGGGUCUUCUCUUGGCCUUUGCUUUCUUUUUUUCUUUCCACCAUCUUUAUUUUCUUUCCUGUUGAGCUUUUGUAAAUGUAUGCUACUGUUUUAUCACAUUUCCCCCCGCACUCCAUUUUUUUUUCUGUUUCUGAAGUUUUUUCCACCACCUGUCAGUCAUGCGCUCAACUUUAUACUUCUGUUCUCCUCACGUCACUGGACCAUCACUCUGUUGGAAGGAUUUCUACUUUUUCUCCCACAAAAAAUAGAGAAAUGGGUUUGGGAUAUGGAAAGUGUUGCUGUAUGGAACUCGGCGUUUACAUUUCAGGCUCCUAAAUGUGUAAUUCCUUCUCCAGGAACGCCGAUUUUCCUCUGAGUUAAUGUGAGACAGCAGCUUUUUGAUCAACACGCCAAUGUUUAGUAAACAAAAGAUCACCAGAGAUUGUUUCCUAUGUUUUGUCUUUUUUUAGCGUCUGUUUCAAGGCACAUGCACUGUUUCCUACCAGUGGCCCUUACUCAGCCAAUAGAAAUAAAUUGUGGCGGGAGAUCCGGAGCAGCCGCAUCACAAACACUGUGAUCAGUGAGUCGCUUCAUGUAGCCGAUCGCCAAACGUCAAUCUUCUGCUCGGUUUUCUAGUGUUAGAUUCCCCCGAAACUGUUACAAAACGUGGGAUCAAUGAGCUGAAGACGUGCCCCUCUGUCGGAAUGUGAGACAGGUGUCUUUUCCCCUCUUUGUCCUAUCUCCAAGCCCUGAUUGACCAAUUUUAAUACUUAAAUUGUAUAUUGUGGAUCUGAUUUGAGACCAAUUUUUCCACUGUACUCUGUAAAGGAAGAAAACGUCAUUUUUGACACAUUUGUACCUAAUUUGAGACAUUAAUGUUGAUUCCAAACGUACACACGGGGAAGUCUCAGUAUUUUUCAACCUGGGCUCACUUUCUCAUGUUUUUGUGUCUCAAUGGUAACAAUAGCUUUUAAAACUAGUCCAGUAUUACGCUAGAGCGCUGCAGCCAACAGCCUGAUCCUGCUGCUGAAAGAUUGUUGUUAUAAGUGUCUGUAUGGAGAAAUGGAGAAGCUGCUGUUAUCCUGCCGUGCAUUCAGAUCCAAACAGGGACAUGUGGCGGCACCAGCUCCCCUGAAACAUGAUCCACAGCUACUUUUCAUACGCUGCCACCUGCACAGGUGUCCUUUUUCCAACGCAAAGGUAGUAGAUAUUCAGAUUUUCUCAUGGCCACUUUUGAAAAAACCCUGAAAGUUAAAGCAUUUUUCUUUAGGAAAAGAGAGCUUUAGUUUAGGAUCUCUUCUCCUCUGUUGCUGCAGUAAUCAUCCCGGUCAGAAAGAUCACUGCAGACCUGACAGUGAAGGAGUUAGGACUUGGCACAAUUUGGAAAGGUGCAAGAACGAAUUGUUUUUAUUGAGAAUACUGUAAGGAACAUCUUUCUGCACCUCAAAUAAGCAAAUUCACUUCUCGUGUAGUCCACAGCGCUGUCUGCUGCUAUUAUAUUUCUGCUCCAGCUUGUUUGUAUUUCUUUACACUAAUCCUAGUCGUCUAUGGCGGUGUAAAACCCCUGAUUGUAAUGAUGGUGCCUCUGUAAACUGGAUAGUGAAAAAGGAGAACGGCGUCAGAACGAGACUUCAUCUUUCCAUCAUGUUGUCAGACUCUAAUAAUCUGAGCUCUUUCAGCAGCUCGAUCUCACUCAGUACAGGACGAGUUUAAAAACCAUUUGACACAAAAGCACACGAAAACAUUCUCCAGGUUGAACGAUCCAGAAAGUUUCCCGUUAGCUAUUACUGGAAUCCAUACCUUUAUCAAUGGCCUUACUCAUAGCAUCUUUCUUUUCAUAAGAAAACAUUUUUCAUCACUUCUUCUUCUUUUUAUUUGACUUUAAUGUAAGUCUCUGCUGUUUUUGGGCAAAUGUUUGUACUGUUAGUCAUAUUUUUAAUGUGUUCUGAAAAUAAACAACAAUGGAGGUAUUUUGGACAGAAGCUGAGCUUAAUCGCUGCAGCAGGAGGAAGCAGCAAUCUGACGCUUUAUGGUUUAAAUCAAGGUUCAUGAGCAGAUAUUUGGUCUUUUAGUUAGUUGAACAAAUAGAAAAUUGGCUCUACAGCGAUAGAAACGAGCUGCGGACUUAAACAUUCUGCAGAUUAACGAUGAUCAGACGUUUAGGUAUUUCAUGUUUGAGCCUUUAGGUCUAAAUGUUGCUCAGUCGGAGCCUGGUGUUUGGUUCUUUGUGUUUUCUGGUCGUUGCCUUCAGUCAGGAGAAACAUCUCUACUGCCAGAAAUAAUUUUCCUACCAGAAUGUAUGUUUUUAUUUUUACACUCCAAAGAGUUUUUACAGCUAAGGAUUCUUGUUUCUAACGACCUUUUUAUAUCAAUGAAGUGCAGUAACUUUUUUUUUUUAUCUCUGCACAAAUCCAGCUUUGAAUAUGAGGUCAAAGCUCCAACUUAUUUACUACUUUACGAGACAGUUUUGUUCAUUUGUUGCAGCCUUAGUAAAAAAAAAAUAAUUUCUGAAGGUGAAAAAGUAUUUUAAAAUACGCAGCCAGUGAAUCAGACUGAUAGGAAACGCGUCUGAGCAGCUUCAAAGGGUCCAAGACUGACGAGGAUUCCACCAAAAAUGAUUUCUUUAUGACACGUAUUGAGCUCCUAAAGCGGGGUCACUGUGAAUAAAGAGGACCUGCCUUUCCUCUGUACAACGUCACGUUAAAGGUGAAAGUCAGUUUAAAGUCUUUCUUUUAAUUUAAAGCUUAAUGUGAUGAAAAACAGAUGCAACACAACUUAAACUGCUUUUCCAAACAGCUCUUUGGCCCUAUUAAAGUUAAAGAGUCAUCAGAAUUUACUGCAACUUAAAAAAAUCUUAUUGUGAAUUUUUUUUUGUGUCAGAGAAAACGGCUGAAAAGUCUGGGCACAAACUGGUUAAAAAAAAGAAUUGAGUCAGUAAACCAAUCGGAACAAAUGUUGGGAUGUUUUUCUCUAUCACAAAGUUUGUGAAUCUGGUGCAGAAAUACGAGUACAACUUUAAAUGUUUAAGAUCACUAAAAGCAGCAUCAUUUGUUUUCUUUUUUUUUUUUGCAUGUUCAAAUCAUUUAAUUAUCAACUUUUGCUCCUUGUAGUUUCUGGGCCGCAGAUAUUUUCUAAUCGAACUAUAUUUAGUCUUUUUGCACACGGGCCGACUGCAUUUCCUAAAAUAUAAUCUAGUCUUCAUAAGGUCUUUCAGGUUUAAUGCAAGAACUUUUACAAACAGAUUUAUCCCUAAAUGAAAUUGCUGCAUUCACAAAUUUUCCCGUAUGUUGAAUUUUUUCUGAAACAGACAUUUUCUAGCACUGUUUUUGUAUAUUUCAUCACUUUGAAGUGAUUUUAAAUGUCAAAAUCCAUCCAACAACAACGUAAGAGAAAGUUAGUAUUACAAAAAUGUUCUUGCAUGAGGCCGAAAACUAAAUAUUGUGACAAGAAAAGCACUUUUCGGUCAAACGGUUUGACUCAUUUAGAAAAUUUAGCUGUUCAGUUGGAGGACAAAUGGGUUCAUAAAGUAAUGUGUCCUGCAAAUAAUGCAAACAUUUACAUUAUCAGUUAAUAGAUGGUUUUGUCUGUAAAAUGGUAAGAAUGUUUUUCUUUAUCUGAAUUUAAAAUUUAUGGAAGAUUUUCAAACUCAAAAUCGCUUCAAAGUGGUGAAAUAUAAAAUCUUUGUAAAAACAUGAACACAUCAUUUCUAAAGCCCCCGAGAAGUCAAAAUAUGAGGAAAAAAGUUCUUGUGAAUCACUUGAAAAAAACACUUAAAAAAAAACAUCUGUUUUUAUGAGUUCUUGUGUGAAUCCAAGCCUACCAGAAAGUUAAAUAAUUCUUCACCCAACAGCCCCAAGCUGAAAAAUAUUUGGAUUUAUAAUUUAGCUGAGGUGAAAAUGAAAUAACUGAAAGGAGAAAUCAGAAAUCCUCUAAUUUUACACUUAAACCUGCAAAUUUAUCACAUUUUGCUCUGAUGCUGACUCAAACAAUACGAUCAUUAUCACAAUAGUUGUCCAUUAUUUCCCAACAUGUUCACUGAAAGCAGUAAUGCAACCAAAUAGUAAAAAGUCAAAUUAAUAAGGAUUAAAAUCUCACUCAUCUGGUGCUCCAAGCAGAUUAAAACUGCUGUUUUUCUUCUGCAUAUUAGCCAGUUUUCUACAGAUGAUCUCAGAGUCUGACAGGUUUUCUUUAACUUGUUUGUUUUGAGGGAAACUUUUUAUGUUUUAGUCUGUUAAUGAUCAUAGCUCUCUUCUGUUACUGCCAGUCAAUGCAGGAAAACUUUGCAGUAGCUCUGAUGUGUCGAGCCUGAGGGCAGAAGUGUGUUUUUUCUUUAUGCAAAGUUAAAGAGGAGCCGGAGUUUCUCCUCUAUGAACCCAGUGCCAAUGUAACAACCUGAGACUCCCAACGGUCUGUUUAACCAGUCAGAAGGAUCAAACUGGCUCCGUCAGCUGUGAUCUGUGACAUAACGACGUCUUUCAUCAUGUCGGGAGGUUUCUACAGAAGCUCUGAGAGGCAGCUGAACAAAACAAAUAAAUUUAUAUUUAAAUUUGAAUAGUUUUAUAUCCUGUGUUUGACUUAAGAACAAGUGGGAAAGGCAGAUCAUUUAUGUAUCUUCCUAAAAAGAAAAUGUGCAACUUAAUCUUUUUUCUGAAGUGUUGUUGUAAUUCUCAUUUUGGCCACUAGAGGCCAACGUGCACCACGACUCCACUGCUCCUGAUGAGGAUAGAUUAAUUUACAGUCAUGGGAAAAAUGAUUAGACCACCAUUGUUUUCUUCAAUUUCUUGUUCAUUUUAAUGUUUUUCUUGAUAAUAACCAAUCUAGAUCUAGAUAUCAGCUCUUAAAUUAAACUCUCAUGAGCUAUUUUUGUUAUAUUUGUCCAAACCAAUGUACCUUUAGUUGUACCAGGUAUUAAAAUGAACAGGAAAUUGAAGAAAACAAUGUUGGUCUAAUCAUUUUUUCCAUGACUAAGUUUUCUUUGAGGGGAGGUUGAAUUUCUCGCACAAUUUUUAUUUUAACAAAUUUAAUCUUAAUGCCCAAUAUUGACCUAAUACUGACAAUGACACCAAUAAACACCAAUAUAAAACAUAAUAAAUAAUGCAGAAAAUGAUGCUUGAGGUGAUUUAAAAACGGUUUCAACUAUUUUCUUUUUCUUUCUGCUCUUUCAAUUACUGAACAUUUUUUUAAAAAAAAGACUCAUAAAUAAAUAUCCAGCAUCAUUUCUAAAUGAACCAAAGCAUCGUUUACAUGUUCUAUAAAAAUCCCUUUUCAAAGAUUUUUUGUCUUUUUUUUUUUUUUUUAAUCUGCACAUAUCAGUAAAAUCGGUCUGUGGCCAAUGUUUGUCAAUAAACCAAUUCUAGUGUUGAAUGCACUAGGAAAUAAACCCCUUUUUAGAACAACAGAGUCGUGGUCACGUCAGCCUCUUGUGGCCAAAAUGAGAAUUACAACAACAAAGACUUAACAAAUUCCUGCCAAAACUUUUUUUGAAGAUUGAAGACGAAAUAUUUAAGUAACUUACAAAGAUUAUCCUCACUUUCUUCAUCUGUUUUUAAGUUGUACAGGAGAAAAAACAGUUUGGAUCAGAAUUAAAAACCUGAUUUUAUUUUCCGUUCGUCUCUCUGAGCUUCCUUAGGUUUUCCAGGUUUUCCUCCGUUGAAAGUGUUUAUGGCUCGUGUCUGUUUUUAUGAUGGUAGUCAAUGUGUUACUGAGUGCUGUCUGAUAAACUUAACCAGUUAAAAAAUAAAAAGUACAUGGACGUAAACUUA